AUGGCCAAGGACAAGUUUCGGAGAAUGAAUGAAGGCCAAGUCUACUCCUUCAGCCAGCAGCCCCAGGACCAGGUGGUGGUAUCUGGACAGCCAGUGACGCUGCUGUGCGCCAUUCCAGAAUACGAUGGCUUCGUUCUGUGGAUCAAAGAUGGUUUGGCUCUGGGAGUAGGCCGCGAUCUCUCCAGCUACCCACAGUACCUAGUGGUGGGGAACCACCUGUCGGGAGAGCAUCACCUGAAGAUCCUGAGGGCAGAGCUGCAGGACGAUGCUGUGUACGAGUGCCAGGCCAUCCAGGCCGCCAUCCGGUCCCGCCCUGCACGCCUCACUGUCCUGGGAAAUAGCAGCAACUCUGGCUCCUCCUACCUCACCCCCAUGGCUCCUGGCAAUCCUGGUUCUGGGGUCCAUCCCAUCCCAGUGACACAUAGCCUUCUUUCCCUUCUCCUCCUCCCACUCCAGACCCUGCUUCGAGAUGGCAAGCGUGAGAGUAUCGUCAGCACGCUCUUCAUUUCCCCUGGUGAUGUGGAGAAUGGACAGAGCAUUGUCUGCCGCGCCACCAACAAAGCCAUCCCAGGGGGAAAGGAGACCUCGGUCACCAUCGACAUCCAACAUCCUCCACUUGUCAACUUGUCAGUAGACCCACAGCCGGUGCUAGAGGACAACGUCGUCACGUUCCACUGCUCUGCAAAGGCCAACCCAGCUGUCACCCAGUACAGGUGGGCCAAACGGGGCCACAUCAUCAAGGAGGCGUCUGGGGAGGUGUACAGAACCACUGUGGACUACACGUACUUCUCUGAGCCUGUGUCCUGCGAGGUCACCAAUGCCCUGGGGAGCACCAACCUCAGCCGCACGGUUGACGUCUACUUCGGCCCUCGCAUGACCACGGAGCCCCAGUCUCUGCUCGUGGAUCUGGGCUCUGAUGCCGUCUUCAGCUGUGCCUGGAUUGGCAACCCGUCCCUGACCAUCGUGUGGAUGAAGCGGGGAUCCGGUGUGGUCCUGAGCAAUGAAAAGACCCUGACUCUCAAAUCUGUCCGCCAAGAGGAUGCUGGGAAGUACGUAUGCCGAGCUGUGGUGCCCCGGGUAGGGGCCGGGGAGCGAGAGGUCACCCUGACCGUCAAUGGGCCUCCCAUCAUCUCCAGCACACAGACCCAGCACGCCCUCCAUGGCGAGAAAGGCCAAAUCAAGUGCUUCAUCCGGAGUACCCCACCGCCUGACCGCAUUGCCUGGUCCUGGAAGGAGAACGUGCUGGAGUCUGGGACCUCAGGGCGCUACACGGUGGAAACAGUGAGCACCGAGGAGGGAGUCAUCUCCACCCUGACCAUCAGCAACAUCGUGCGGGCUGACUUCCAGACCAUCUACAACUGCACAGCCUGGAACAGCUUCGGCUCCGACACCGAGAUCAUCCGGCUCAAGGAGCAAGAAUCUGUGCCGAUGGCCGUCAUCAUCGGUGUGGCCGUAGGAGCUGGUGUGGCCUUCCUGGUCCUCAUGGCAACCAUUGUGGCCUUCUGCUGUGCCCGUUCCCAGAGAAAUCUCAAAGGUGUUGUGUCAGCCAAAAAUGAUAUCCGAGUGGAGAUUGUGCACAAGGAGCCUACUUCUGGUCGGGAGACUGAAGAGCACCCCACCAUCAAGCAGUUGAUGAUGGACCGGGGUGAAUUCCAGCAAGACUCAGUACUGAAGCAGCUGGAGGUCCUCAAAGAAGAGGAGAAGGAAUUUCAGAACCUGAAGGACCCCACCAAUGGCUACUACAGCGUGAACACAUUCAAAGAGCACCACUCCACCCCAACCAUCUCCCUGUCCAGCUGCCAGCCAGACCUGCGUCCUGCAGCCAAGCAGCGCGUGCCCACCGGCAUGUCUUUCACCAACAUCUACAGCACCCUGAGUGGCCAGGGCCGUCUCUACGACUACGGGCAGAGAUUCGUACUGGGCAUGGGCAGCUCAUCCAUCGAGCUCUGUGAGCGUGAGUUCCAGAGGGGCUCCCUCAGCGACAGCAGCUCCUUCCUGGACACGCAGUGUGACAGCAGCGUGAGCAGCAGCGGCAAGCAGGACGGCUACGUGCAGUUUGACAAGGCCAGCAAGGCCUCUGCCUCCUCUUCUCACCACUCCCAGUCUUCAUCCCAGAACUCCGACCCCAGUCGACCCCUGCAGCGGCGGAUGCAGACUCACGUCUGAGGAUCCUCGUGGCACACACUGUGGGUGGGGAUGGGCCGGGA